UGGGCAGAUGUGGGGACCUGGAGCAAAGCUCCAGCCCAGGCGCGGUGGUCGCGACUGUAAGCAGCCUAGGGGAGAGUCGCCGCUGGAGAGGGGCUCGGCGCCCGGCGGGGACUGCAGGCGAUGACUCAGGAUGCAGCCAGGGGCCACUACGUGCACGGAGGACCGUAUCCAGCAUGCCCUGGAGCGCUGUUUACAUGGGCUCAGCCUCAGCCGCCGCUCCACUUCCUGGUCAGCUGGGCUGUGCCUGAACUGCUGGAGCCUACAGGAGCUGGUCAGCAGGGACCCGGGCCACUUCCUUAUCCUCCUUGAGCAGAUCCUGAAGAAAACCCUUGAGGUCCAAGAGAAGGGCACCUACGACCUGCUCACCCCCCUGGCCCUGCUCUUCUACUCCACCGUCCUCUGUACACCACACUUCCCACCUGACUCAGAUCUCCUUCUGAAGGCAGCCAGAACCUACCACCGGUUCCUGACCUGGCCUGUUCCUUACUGCAGCAUCUGCCAAGAACUACUCACCUUCAUCGAUGCUGAACUCAAGGCCCCAGGAAUCUCCUACCAGAGGCUGGUGAGGGCAGAGCAGGGCCUGCCCACUAGGAGUCACCGAAGUUCCACUGUCACUGUGCUGUUGCUGAACCCGGUGGAAGUGCAGGCUGAGUUCCUUGCUGUGGCCAACGAGCUGAGCACGCCCGGACACUCACCCCACAGUGCCUACGUCACUCUGCUCCUGCAUGCCUUCCAGGCCACUUUUGGGGCCCACUGUGACCUUCCAGGCUUGCACUGCAGGCUGCAGUCCAAGACCCUGGCAGAGCUUGAAGACAUCUUCACGGAGACCACAGAGGCACAGGAGCUGGCAUCUGGCAUUGGGGACGUAGCUGAGGCCCGGCAAUGGCUCAGGACCAAGCUGCAAGCAGUGGGAGAAAAAGCUGGCUUCCCAGGCAUCUUAGACACUGCAAACCCUGGCAAGCUCCACACCAUCCCUAUCCCUGUGGCCAGGUGCUACACCUACAGCUGGAACCAGGACAGCUUUGACAUCCUGCAGGAAAUCCUGCUCAAGGAACAGGAGCUGCUCCAGCCGGAGAUUCUGGGGGACGACGAGGAAGAGGAAGAAGAGGAGGAGGAGGACUUGGAAACCGACGGGCACUGUGCCGAGAGGGACUCUCUGCUUUCCGCCAGCUCAGCAGCCUCGCGUGACUCUGCCCUGUCGCUGGCCUCCUCCCAGGCCUCAGGGCCCGCCCUUCCCCGCCGGUUGCUGAGCUCCUUCGUCUCUGGCCUGUCGGACGGCAUGGACAGUGGCUACGUGGAGGACAGUGGGGAGAGUUCCCCCGAGUGGCCCCGGAAGCCCGGCUGCCGGGAGCGCCGGGGCCACCGCAGGCCUGGGCAGAAGUUCAACCGGAUCUAUAAACUCUUCAAGAGCACCAGUCAGCUGGUGCUGCGCAGGGACUCACGGGCCCUGGAGGGCAGUGCUGAGGCGGACCUCCCGCUGCGGCGGGCCGGGAGCCUCUGCGGCCCCCUGGACGGCCAGACCCCGCGCCCUGCCCGUGCCCAGCGCUCCCACUCCCUGCCCCAGCCCAAGCUCAAUGCCCAGCUGCCCAGCUGGCUCCUGGCGCCCGCCUCACGCCACCGGCGCCGUCGACCCUUCCUCAGCGGGGACGAGGACCCCAAGGCCUCCACACUCCGUGUUGUGGUCUUCGGCUCCGAUCGGAUUUCGGGCAAGGUCGCUCGGGCGUAUAGCAACCUUCGGCGGCUGGAGAACAAUUGCCCGCUCCUCACCCGGUUCUUCAAGCUGCAGUUCUUCUACGUGCCUGUGAAGCGGGGCCCCGGGACCCGUUCCAGUGCCUGCCCAGCCCCUCUGAACCAGACGCCCCCACUCCCCACGGAAUCCCCGAAGCAUCCCAGCCCUGCAGAGCUGGGCUCAGUCUCCUGGGAAGAGAGCACCAACGACAUCUCCCACUACCUCGGCAUGCUCGACCCCUGGUAUGAACGCAACGUGCUGGGCCUCAUGCACCUGCCCCCUGAGGUCCUGUGCCAGCAGUCUCUAAAGCCUGAAUCGCGGCUCCUGGUGGGCUCCCCAGCCCAGCUGCCCAUCCUGGCCGACAUGCUGCUGUACUACUGCCGCUUUGCCGCACGGCCGGUGCUGCUGCAGGUCUACCAGACAGAGCUGACCUUCAUCACUGGGGAGAAGACCACGGAGAUCUUCAUCCAGUCCCUGGAGCUGGGUCACUCUGCUGCCAUUCGGGCCAUCAAGGCUUCGGGUCCUGGCAGUAAGCGACUGGGUAUUGAUGGCGACCGGGAGGCCAUUCCUCUAACACUACAGAUUAUUUACAGCAAGGGGGCCAUCAGUGGGCGAAGUCGCUGGAGCAACAUGGAGAAGGUCUGUACCUCUGUCAACCUCAACAAGGCCUGCCGGAAGCAGGAGGAGCUAGACUACAGCAUGGAGGCCCUGACGCUAACCCUGACAGAAGUGGUAAAGAGGCAGAACCCUAAGUCCAAGAAGGGCUUCAACCAGAUCAGCACAUCACAGAUCAAAGUGGACAAGGUGCAGAUCAUUGGCUCCAACAGCUGCCCCUUUGCCGUGUGUCUGGACCAGGAUGAGAGGAAAAUCCUGCAGAGUGUGAUCAGGUGUGAAGUCUCACCCUGCUACAAGCCAGAGAAGAGCAGCCUCUGCCCACCACCUCAGAGGCCUCCCAACCCAUCAGCCCAGGCUACAACCGACCUUUGCUCCCUCCUCUGUCUGCCCAUCAUGACUUUCAGCGGAGCUCUGCCCUAG